GUGCUCAUGUCCACCUUGAGCCAAGCCGUCGCCGAUGCCGUGUCAAGUCCUGGAAAAUUCGAUGCGAGAAAAGCUAACUUCACGGCAUCUCAGAAUAUCUACGUACUGGUUCAGUGCAUUCCCGAUCUUACAAGACAAGAUUGUUCGACUUGUCUUCAAAUAUCCAUCAAUCAGUUGCCUCAGGACAGGGUUGGAGGAAGAUUUAUUUUGACUAACUGUAAUUCAAGAUUCGAGACUUAUCCGUUCUACAAUGAGACUGCAGUUAAAGCCACACAACCACCACCGCUACCACCUCCCGUUUCAGCUCCAGCACGACCAGGGAAAGGAGGGAAAACAAACGUGUUAGUGGUAGUCAUUGUUGUGUCAACUAUAGUGGUUAUUCUGCUUUUGAUAGCUGGUUAUUGUUUCUUCACAAAGAGGAAGAAGGAGGCUUAUGAUACAGCACCUGCAACUGAUGACACUGCUAAGGAAGUUCAGCUGGACUGGAAUGACAGAUACAAGAUCAUUGGUGGAAUUGCUAGAGGGAUUCUAUAUCUUCAUCAAGAUUCACGACUCACAAUCAUACACCGUGACCUCAAAGCAAGUAACAUUCUCCUAGAUGCAGAUAUGAAUCCGAAAGUUGCUGAUUUUGGAAUGGCAAGGAUCUUUGGAAUGGACCAGACUGAGAAGAGCACAAGGAGGAUAGUUGGUACUUACGGCUACAUGUCUCCUGAGUAUGCGAUGCGUGGCCAGUACUCAAUGAAAUCCGAUGUCUAUAGCUUCGGAGUGUUAGUUCUUGAGAUUAUAAGCGGCAAGAAAAAUAAUAGCUUCUUCGAGACAGACGGAGCACAAGACUUGGUUACAUACGCAUGGAGGCUCUGGAGGAAUGAGAGAUCGUUAGACCUUGUGGCUCCGGUUAUCAGACAUAAUUGCCAGAUAAAUAAAGUGGUUCGAUGCAUCCAUAUCGGUCUUUUAUGUGUUCAAGAAGAUCCUGCGAACCGUCCAACCUUAUCAACCAUCGUUAUGAUGCUCAGUAGUAACACUGUUACUUUACCAGUGCCUAAGCAACCAAAGUUUUUCGCUCAGAGUAGACCCAACAAGGACCUGACUGAUUCAGGACAAUCUACUAAAAGCAACUCUGUCCCUUGGUCGAUUGACGACGCAUCAAUCACUGAAUUAUAUCCUCGUUGAAAAUGAAAGGCCUAUAGCAACAUGUGGUAUUGGAGGUUAUUUUAAAACUUGUUUCCUGUAGAAAUGUAUGUAGUUGUAACUAGAAGUAUAUAUAUAAAAUAUAAGCUAUCUGCAACUGUGUGGAGAAAUAAAUCCAAGAUCAUGCGAG